AUGGCGAAGGGCCAGCCGACGAUGGCGGUGCUGUGCCUCUGGGUCGUCGUCGCCUUCUACGUCCGGAGCACCGGUGGCAGCAGCAGCAGCACUGUCCCCAGCGGAGUGGCCUUGUGCUGGGGAGACAACGCGGGCGGCAAGGCCACGGUGCCUCAAAUCAACUCGACCUUCGUCUAUCUGAGCGCCUCCGUCAAGGAAACCUGCGGUCUGGGCGCCGAUGGUCUGGUCCGGUGCUGGGGCGUGAAUACGUGGGGCCAAGGCACGGUCACGCCAAACAUUCAGUACACCAACGUGAGCGCCGGGUGGGACCACUCCUGCGCCAUCAGCGCCACCACCAACCUGACCACCUGCUGGGGCCUCGACAACCACCAGCAGCUGCAGGUGCCCGCGGACGCGUACUUCAAGAGCGUGCAGUGCGGGUAUUGGCACUCGUGCGGAAUCCUCGCCCACAACGGAACCCUCCUCUGCUGGGGCGCCUCCGGAGACAAGAACCGCUCGCAGUCGGCGGUGCCCGCGACGACGGUGCCGUUUGAGCAGGUGGCGACCUCGGAGUAUCACACGUGCGGCCUCCUGCGGAACGGGUCCAUCCUCUGCUGGGGCGACAACUCCAACAACCAGACCGCCGUCCCGCAGGCAGCAGCAGGAUCUUCAGUCUACAGCUUCCAGCGCGUGGGCACGGGCAAGUCGUUCUCGUGUGGCCUGAGGACCAACGGCGUGGCCCUCUGCUGGGGCGACAACGCCAACGGACAAUCGAGCGCGCCCACGGACCAGACCUUCACGGACCUCGUCGUCGGUGGCCACCACGCCUGCGGACUCAAGUCCACGGGCGCUCUUUACUGCUGGGGCGACAACACCUACGGACAAAUCGGCGUCCCCUCCUCCUACACGUGGAAGGGCCUCACGGCCGGCGAGAAUCACAUGUGUGGCUUUGGCGUUGCGACGACCCCGUCUCCGACUCCCUCGCCUCGGGCUUCGUCGCCGUCGCCGCUGCCGGCUCUGUCGCCGCUGCCGGCUUUGUCGCCGCUGCCGGCUCUGUCGCCGGCUCCUUCCUUGAUCCCCUCCCCCUCGGCCUCGCUCAGUCCUACCCCAGCCGUGACACUCGCUCCCAUCUCAGCCAACGUGACGGCGACAUUUGGAUCCGACUCGCCCAUUGUCGACGUCGCCGCGCCCGUGGCCUCGGGCUCUGGCGGUUCCACUUCCAAUAUUCAGUGGUCCGUCGUGAGCAACAACGCGAGUUCCGGAGGUAACAGCAGCGGCAUGGUGCUGUACUCGGCCGUCCUGCCAGACAACACGACCAGUGUGACACAGACCUACGCCUUCCAUCCGCAGGCCCAGGAGUCGCAGUUCAGCGGGCUCAACUUCACCAUCAGCGCGGGCGCGGUCAAGUGGUCCAUCAACCUCACCAGCACGGCGGCGGAGAGCAACAACUCGUCGUCGUUGUCGUCGGGCCUCCAGUUCUCCUUCCGCCUCUCGACCAACUCCACACUGGUGUCGGCCCGCGAGACCGUGAAGCUCUUCAGAAACCAGCCGCGUGCCAACAUGACCACCUACUGGGUGCCGGCUGGCUACACCGACGUUGCCAUCGAGGUGCAGGUCUUCGAUGUGGCCCUCGUCGACGGCACCCUCCUCGCCAUCAACCACUCGGUGGUGGCGGCCUCCAACGUUGGAGGCAGCCCGAGCGCAGGGUACUACGACCUCGUACUCUCGUUCCCUCCAUUCACGCGGUCGCUCGAGUACGACCCGAGCAUUGGCCUGGGCGUCCUCCUGGGCUCAAGCAAGGGAGAAGGAGGUGGCAGCGGCAGUGACAACACAGCGGUCAUUGUUGGCGUGGCGGUGGCCAUCCCGCUGGCCAUCGUUGUGGUGCUGGCCGUUGUGGCGGCUGCCCUGCUGUACGGACUCUACAGGCGCAAACAGGGCGGUAAUGGCCAUGCUAACGCAAUCAAUUUCAAGGACACCAAGGAUCUGGAUGAUCCUGAGUUGUAA